AAGAGAGGAAAAUGACUGAAGAAAAGGCCAAGGAAAAAGAAGAGAGGAUAAGACGAGAAGAAGAAGAGCAGGAAAGACAAGCAGAGGGUGAGGGAGACGGCAGUGCAGAGGAGGCGCCCCCUGCUGAGGAGACAGAUGCAUAGCUGGUGGAGCGUGCAGCAGAAGAGCAAGAAGAAGAAGUGAAAGACAUGGUGGUGGUAGAGGAGGAAGAAGAAGAAGAAAAACAGUAUGAUGAUGAUGAAGAAGGGGAAAAAGUGGUGGUGCUGGAAGAAAAAGAAGAAGUGAAAGAAGAAGAAAAACAAGUCAAAGAGGACAAAGAAGAAGUCAAAGAAAAGGUCAAAGAGGACAAAGAAGAAGAAGACAAAGAAAAGGUCAAAGUUGAUGAAGAAAAGGACAAGGAAGAAGAAGACAAAGAAAAGGUCAAAGAGGACGAAGAAGAAGAAGACAAAGAAAAGGUCAAAGAGGACGAAGAAGACAGAGAAAAGGUCAAAGAGGACGAAGAAAAGGUCAAAGAAAGGUAUGAAGAAAAACAAAAAGAAAAGGUCAAAGAGGAUGAAGAAGCGGAAGUACAACCACAAGACGAAGAAGUGUUAGAGGAAGAAGACAAGCUCGCCUUGGUGGAGGAAGUGAUGGAAGAAGAGAAGACAGUUCAAGAGUGA